AUGGCGGGGUUACUGACGCUGUUGGGCCCCGCGGGUAGACAGUGCUCCCGGGUUCGGCCUCGCAUCGCUUGGCUCCUGAGCGCCGUCACGCCCUGCGCCCCGCCGCCCCGGCCCAUGCUUCGGCCCGGACCCGACGCCAGGCAGCUACGCGCAGCUGGCGGGGGCGGCCCUGGCCGCCAGGACCCCAGCAAAGCCACAGAGAGAUCAGGAGACGACGUCUGCAGCACUCAAGAAGCAAAGCCAAGCAAGACACAGCAACUGAGGAAAGUCUUUAAAGAAUAUGGGGCCGUGGGUGUGUCCUUGCACAUUGGAGUCUCCUUAGUCUCCUUGGGCAUCUUCUACACGGUGGUUUCAAGUGGUGUGGACAUGUCUGCUCUCCUGCUGAAACUCGGGUUUAGAGAGUCACUGGUGCAGUCAAAAAUGGCAGCAGGAACGAGUACCUUCGUGGUGGCCUACGCGAUCCACAAGCUGUUCGCGCCGGUGAGGAUCAGCAUCACCUUGGCAUCUGUUCCCCUGGUGGUCAGAUAUUUCCGGAAAGUGGGAUAUUUUAAACCUCCGGCUGGGAAGCCGUGA